CGGCGGCGGCGGCGGCGGCGGCGGCGGCGGCGAUGGGACCCCGGCGAGAGAUCUGCGGCUAGGCUAGCUGCACUUGCUCCACGGGUCAGGGGAUCGGAGGGGGCAGAGAUUUUUUUCUUAAAUAGGAUUGAAGAAUGCGCUGUUAAAAAGAAAGGUCAAAGAAUAAACAGCAACAAGAAGAGGACUUCAAAGCCGGGAAGGAUGAGUUCUUGCAGUAACGUCUGUGGGUCCAAGCAGGCACAGGCUGCAGCCGAGGGCGGGUACCAGCGCUACGGAGUCCGGUCCUACCUACACCAGUUUUAUGAGGACUGUACCGCCUCGAUCUGGGAGUAUGAGGAUGAUUUCCAGAUCCAGAGAUCACCUAACAGGUGGAGCUCAGUAUUCUGGAAGGUCGGACUCAUCUCAGGCACAGUCUUCGUGAUUCUCGGAUUGACUGUUCUGGCGGUGGGCUUUCUUGUGCCCCCCAAGAUCGAAGCGUUCGGCGAAGCUGACUUCGUGGUGGUCGACACGCGUGCCAUCCAGUUCAACGGCGCCCUCGACAUGUACAAGCUGGCGGGAGCCGUUCUCUUCUGCAUUGGGGGCACGUCCAUGGCAGGGUGCCUGCUGAUGUCCGUGUUUGCAAAAAGCUACUCCAAAGAAGAAAAGUUCCUUCAGCAAAAGUUUAAAGAGCGAAUUGCAGACAUCAAGGCCCACACCCAGCCAGUCACGAAAGCUCCGGGCCCAGGGGAAACGAAGAUUCCAGUCACUUUGUCCAGGGUUCAGAACGUCCAGCCUCUAUCGGCAACCUGAAACGCUCCCCACCCCAGUCCUUCCUGUCUGAUUUACGCACAUGGUUAAAAGGAGCAAGCCAGUGUUUGAGGUGACAAGGAUUUGGUGUCGACUGCCCCAGGGAGGCCGUGUUCGGCUGGGGGUGGCACGAUGGGCGAACUCGCGCUCGCUCAGUUCAGGUGGCUCUGGCGAAGGUCGAUGCCACGUGCCCACCUGUGCACAUGCAUCUAGCUGCUUACGAAGGGUGUUUCCGUGUGCCCACCAGGAGCCCUCUGCAGCACCUCUUUCAUGUAUCGUGACUUCGUGUUAUUUCCCGUGUUAUUUGAAAGUGCUGGACAGUUCAGGCCAGCCCACCAAUGGCUAACGUGGACCGUUUUAUUUUCUAAUAUUGUUUUUUCUAAUCUUUCCUGCGUGGUGCUGUCUUCCAUGCCUGUCUCACGAGGUGUAAGAUAUUGUCAUGUGUGUUCAUAGAAACCUGGAAUUCUCUGAUUUUAGCCCAAACAUCAGUCUUUGAACUGAAUCUUGAUAUGAGGUUCCUGUGAGCUUGGAUACAAAGUUAUCAGCAUUCGCCACAAAACUUUUUGUUUUCCCCAGAUUUUUUUUUUAAAGCUAAAAUUGCCAACUUUAGAAUCUUGGCAAAGAAAUUAAUAUUAGGAGUAUCUGUUUACACAGUGUCCAAAAGCACUGAAUUAGAAACCAGGAAAUUUGAGUUCCUUCUACCAACUAGCUAUGUGAUCUUGGGGCAAUCAUUUAACCUCUCAGGCCUCACUUUCCCCAUCUGUAUAAUGGGAGUCCUAGACUGCGAUAGCUGAGGGCCUUCCUUGUUCAAACGUCUGAGAUUCCUUUUUGACCACAUGUCAUCUAGACUUUCCCCUAUGGGUGUUUAAUGAUAUUUUGUGGCUCUAAUUUCAGAACUAGACUCCUGGGAAGUCACCAAGUCAGCAGCCUUCUUUACUCCCUUCCCUUGAAUGUUCAACCCCAGCAGUUUAUAUAAUGCUGUCAUAUUUUUAUAAAGACAAAAAGUAAGCCAUCCUCAAAUAAGAAACCCCUGAGCAGAUAUUAACCUUAAAAAAGGUUUUCAUUGUCAAACAAGAUGUUUUAUUUCCCAGCAAGAUGUUCAUCUCAUCCCUUGCACUUUUCUUUAAUCUGUGGAUUUAAAUUAGACUGAGGAAAAUGGAAAACGUGACCUUGGUAUUCUUUCAGAGUCGUGCCACCUUGGAGUUCUGUCUUUUUUUUUUUUUUUCUUCCUUCACUGGAUAAAUAAAAUAUGUGAACGAGCGGAACCUGAAUUGCA